CAAGGUCACCCCGCCCCUCGUCGCGCGCGGUGACGCCGCGGCCCCGCCCCGCCGCGCCCGGGCCCGCGGAGCCGCUGCGGCGCGGAGAAGAUGGCGGCGCCGGGCGAGUACUUCAGCGUGGGCAGCCAGGUGUCGUGCCGCACCUGCCAGGAGCAGCGCCUGCAGGGCGAGGUCGUCGCCUUCGACUACCCCAGCAAGAUGCUGGCGCUCAAAUGCCCCUCUUCCAGCGGAAAGCCCAACCACGCAGACAUCCUGCUCGUAAACCUACAGUACGUGUCAGAAGUGGAAAUAAUCAAUGACCGCACGGAAACACCUCCUCCUCUAGCUUCACUCAACGUUAGCAAGCUCGCCAACAAAGCGCGGACGGAGAAGGAGGAGAAGUUGAGCCAGGCGUACGCCAUCAGCGCGGGGGUGUCGCUGGAGGGGCAGCAGCUCUUCCAGACCAUACACAAGACCAUCAAGGACUGUAAGUGGCAGGAGAAGAACAUCGUGGUGAUGGAGGAGGUCGUCAUCGCCCCCCCGUACCAGGUGGAGAACUGCAAAGGCAAGGAGGGCAGCGCGCUGAGCCACGUACGGAAAAUCGUGGAGAAGCACUUUCGGGACGCGGAGAGCCAGAAGGUGCUGCAGCGGGCGCAGGCACAGCCCACACAGAAGGACACGUCCCUCUCGUCCUGAGCCCCCGGGCUCCCGCGUUUGUGUCCCGGCUCUGAGCUCGUGAACGGGGGCCUGUUCCAGACCUUAGACUUUAAAACGAACGAGAAAAGAGAAUAAUUUAAAGCUCACACAUUACUUGACUAACAGACUUUCUUUCUCCGCCAUGUUUUCUCUCCCACCAGCCAGUAAGACUCGGGGCGCUUCAUUCUUUGACCUUUUCCUCCCGCCCCCCCGCUGCCAGACCCCUUUGCUUUUCUAAAGGGGGUUUGUCACCCUGUCCCCCCACGUGUCCCGCUCCCAGACCCCACCAUACCUGCCCCGAGCUGACCGCGCUGCCCGCCCGGGGCCCGCACCAGCGCGGUCUCGUUUUAAUUUUGUUUGCACAGGGCAAGGCUUGAAUUAGUCUUAUUUUUCUUAUCUUUAAAUAUAUAUAUGAAUAUAUAUUAAAAUGUUCUUUAAAUAUUUUCUGCUUCUGGCGGUUCUUCAACCAGGAUCGUGGCAAAAAACCCCGUGACCCCCGUCCUCUGCCGCCCCAGCAGCGCCGCGAGCCCGGGGGCGCAGGUGUGGGCGGGGCCGUGGCCCCGUGCCCCGCCCGCUGCCACACCCGGCCUGCCGCGGGCUUUGCUCCCCUCUUUCUUUUUCGUUUUUAAUUGCCCCUUUUUGCCUUUUUUUUUUUUUUUAGAUAUAUUUUUCUUUUCUUUUUUGCCAUGAUCCUCUCCCCUCCCCUUUGUUUUGUUUUUUUAAUAAAUGGAUCAGAAUCAAACAAUUCAAGCCCUGCCUUAGAGGAGUUAAAAAUUAAAAAAAAAAAAAAAAGAGAAAAAAAAAAAAGGAAAUUUUUUAGUAUUGUUUAGCAGAAACAAUAAAACCCGAAAUUUUUUUAACCAUCA